GGGGGGAAGCUCCGAAGGGAAAGGGCAAAGCAAAGCAAAGAAGAAGGGGAUGGGGAAGUGUGGGUUUUGUUCUGUCUUAGCCUGUCCCCGCCACCCACCCACACAUAUACGCACUCUCUCUCUCUAACACUCCAAAAGCCACCAAAGCAUUGGCCUUUUUUCGCCUUUUGCUUCUGUGUUUCCUAUGCAAUUGUCUAUGUCUGCUGCUUCUGCUCCCUCUUCUCAAUACCUGCAAAUGGGCGAGGAAUCAUACUUUGAAUUUCUUGUUAUUAUUUGAUACCCCUCUUUCUAUCUUUUUAGCUACCACCCUACUGGGUUAGCAUCCAUCCAAACACUACUUUCUUGUUGUUUUUCUACUCAUCCCCUUUCAUUUCUCUCCCGUUCUUAGCUUUAAUGGUAUCUCUUCUGGGUAUGUUUUUAGCAAUUUUACCAUGCUUUGACCUCAUUUCCAGUUUUCUACAGCUCUGGUCUUCUUCUCACCUUAUUGCCAAUUGAUUCCACUUUCUUGUUUUAGUUCUGUUGCUGUUCUUCUUUUUUGCUUUCUGUUGGGAAACAUAGCAAUAAGACACUUGAAGUAACUCUGGGUGUUCAUGGAAAUUGAUCUGAACCUAACAGCCAGUGAUGUGGGCAAGAAUGCAUAUUGCAAUGGAAAUUGUGAAGAGGGUCGCUGCAAUUGUUGUUUAUCCUCUUCAACUUCUUCAUGUUCCUCAAAUUCAUCGCCAGCUCUCGUCUCUUCUUCAACUUAUUUGGAGCUUUGGCAUGCUUGUGCUGGUCCUCUCACCUCAUUGCCUAAGAAAGGAAAUGUAGUUGUCUAUUUCCCACAAGGUCACUUGGAGCAGAUUGCCUCAGCCUCUCCCUUUUCCCCCAUGGAAAUGCGCACUUUUGACCUCCAGCCGCAGAUCCUCUGCAGGGUCAUCAAUGUCCACUUACUUGCCAAUAAGGAGAAUGAUGAGGUCUACACACAACUUACUCUGCUUCCCUUGCCAGAGUUCUUAGGCACUGGUCUAGAGGGCAAAGAGUUGGAGGAAUUGGCGUUGAAUGGAGCUGAUGGAGAUGGGAGCGGAGUGUCGCCUACUAGAUCUACACCUCACAUGUUUUGCAAAACACUCACAGCGUCUGAUACGAGCACCCAUGGAGGAUUCUCUGUUCCUCGCAGAGCUGCCGAAGACUGUUUCCCUCCUCUGGAUUACACUCAGCUUAGGCCGUCUCAAGAGCUAAUUGCCAAGGACCUACAUGGCGUCGAGUGGAGAUUUAAACAUAUUUACAGAGGUCAACCUAGGCGGCAUCUGCUGACUACUGGAUGGAGUCUUUUUGUAAGCCAAAAGAAUCUUAUUUCUGGGGAUGCAGUGCUGUUUUUAAGGGGUGAAAAUGGAGAGCUAAGGUUGGGCAUAAGGCGAGCUGUUCGGCCUAGAAAUGGUCUUCCUAAUUCAAUUGUGGGCAACCAAAAUUCUUGUGCAGAUGAUCUUGCUCGUGUGGUGAAAGCAAUAUCUACCAAGAGCAUAUUUGAUGUGUUUUACAAUCCAAGGGCAUAUCAUGCACAGUUUGUUAUAUCUUGUCAGAAGUAUGUAAAGAGCAUCAAUAAUCCAGUGACCGUUGGCACAAGAUUCAAAAUGAGAUUUGAGAUGGAUGAUUCGCCAGAAAGAAGGUUUAAUGGUGUAGUUCUCGGAAUUGGUGACAUGGAUCCCUUGAGAUGGCCGAACUCAAAGUGGAGAUGCUUGACGGUACGAUGGGAUAAAGACGGUGAUCAUCAAGAACGUGUUUCACCCUGGGAGAUCGAAUCUUCUGUUUCUCUCCCACCCUUGAGUGUUCAGUCUUCUCCAAGGCUGAAGAAACUGAGGACUAGUCUGCAGGCAGCCCCACCCAACGCCUUUGCUGUAGGGAGGGGCGGUUUUAUGGACUUUGAGGAUUCAAUUAGAUCCUCUAAGGUCUUGCAAGGUCAAGAAAAUGUAGGUAUUGUAUCACCGUUUUAUGGACGUGAUACUACAAAACGUUCCCUGGAGUUCGAGGUGCGAUCUUCUGCACAUCAAGCAUCGGGUGGAGCUGAGAAGUAUAGAGGUGACUACGUAAAGGUUCAUCCGAACUCAUCUUUCACAGGCUUUAUGGAAUCUGAAAGAUUCCUGAAGGUCUUGCAAGGUCAAGAAAUAUGCUCAUUGAGGCCACAAACAAGAAAACCAGAACAUUGUUUAGGUGUUUGGGGAAAGUUCAAUCUCAGUGACAACUCUUUUAACACAUUUCACUCACCAAACUCUAGUUUUUAUCACAUGGCGUCAAAUGGAGCCCAAAACAUGUAUUUCCCUCCUAGUGAAUUUUACAGUACAGGCCAAGCUGCUGCUGUGAUGCGCUCAAAUGAUGGCAACUUUCCAAGAGAGAGUGCCUUGUUCGGCCCAUCUGUUGAUGCUAGUGUUAUGAGCACUACUUCAGGGUCGAAUAUAAGGAAUUCAAAGGAUGAAAAUGUGAAUGAGAAUUCAACUGGCUGUAGACUUUUUGGCUUUUCCUUGACUACAGAAACUGCUACAAACAUGCAGAGUUCAGGGAAGAGGAGUUGUACUAAGGUUCACAAACAAGGUAGUCUAGUGGGAAGAGCCAUUGAUCUCUCUAGACUCAAUGGCUAUUCUGAUCUGCUUUCUGAACUGGAGCGGCUGUUUUGCAUGGAAGGACUCUUGAAAGAUCCUGAUAAAGGAUGGCGUGUACUGUACACCGACAACGAGAACGACGUAAUGGUUGUUGGGGAUUAUCCAUGGCUUGACUUCUGUGAUGCGGUUUCAAAAAUCCAUAUAUACACCCAAGAAGAAGUGGAGAAGAUGACAAAUGGAGUGAUCAGCGAUGAUACUCAAAGCUGCUUAGACCAAGCUCCUUUGUGUAUGGAAGCCUCAAAAUCCUCUUCAGUGGGCCAACCUGAUUCUUCUCCCACAGUAGUAAGAGAGUUUUAAUUAGUAGUAAUCAAGAUGUGUGAUUUCCCAUAUUUCCUUAGGAUUAUAUGUUUUCCAUAUCAAAGUCGAGCUCAAAGUCAGUAGCUUUGCUUCAUCCUCUCGGUCCAAUAGGUUCGAAUCUGUUUCAAACCUCUGCUUUCUAAUGGACAGUGUGUAAUUCUACAAA